CUUCACUACCCUUGGGGCCACCAUGGGACCCUGGAGACCUUUGCCUCCCUCCAGGCCCCCCGGCCCCUUAACCUUUUUCUCCCUGUGCUCAGCCUGGAGCAGAGUUAGGAUCCCGGGAAAGCCCCUUACCAGUUGCUCCAACCUCCUCCUUAAACUGGAAGGUAAACAGAGGCCCAGAGAAAAGUAGUGAUUGACUAGUUCCUGAAGGGAGAGCAUGGGCUAGAGCCCACCGCUGCUGACCUCCUGGCCAGAGGUCAGGCCAUUCCUUAUGGUUGAGCUUAGCCAGCCCCGUGUGCCAGUCCCCAGCCUCUGCCCUGCACCAAGCAGAGGGGCUGGACAGCUUUGUCAUGACACCAACUGCCUCUCCUUCCCCAGCACAGUCUGGACCUGGGCGGGGUUUUUAGAGAAGCUUCUGGACACCACUCCACGACAGACCAACCAGGUUGCUGCUGCUUGCAAACAUCGCCUGCAUUGAAGGAUUCCUGCAGCCACCAGCUCUGGAACUUUCUGGAACCAAACCUUUCCCCAGACUGCCUACAAGGACCAGUUUGCUUCUGGAUGUAGGUGUGGCCUGCAGGGGUCUGGCAGGGCUCCCCAGAGUCAAGUGGACCCAGCCCUUUGGAACCUCUGCCUGGUCCUGUUGACUUCUGCCCUCUCCCUGCAGCACUUCCUGGAGGCGUUUGACGGGGACCUGGGACGACAGCUGGGAAGUGCCUGACAUAUUCUCAAGAAGCUGCAGAUUCCAGACAUCUCUGGGCCCCUCUCUGGACUGGGAUGGGGGACCCAGAGGUGGAGAAGAACACACAAGCAGCACUUGAGGGCUCCAAGGGUGGCGAGGAGAGAAGUUUCUGCUCUGGUACAGCUAGCCCUGGAACCCUGAGUGGUGCUACAGUGGAGCGUCCACCCCCAGCGCCAAGCCCUCAGUGCAGAGGGGGAGACUCAGGCGGCUCUCAGACAGACACAAUUUGCCAAGGUCACACAGCAAGUCAGGGUGCCGCUAAGACUAGGACCUAGAGCUCCGCCUCCUGGCCCAGGCUUCUCAGCACCUGGACCCCAGAGGCCAGCCUGUGGGAGGCCCGCAUGGCCACUGCACCACAAACCAAGGACCUAGUCUGGGUUCACCUCCACCAAGUGCUGGCCGUGAGUCACUUGGGUCACUCCACUCUCUGCAUUAGGCCUCAGUCAUCCAAGACCAUCUUUCAAGGGCCCUCACUCCAAUUAUGAGUCUGGGACUUUCUGAAAUUGAGCAUUUUGGCCAGGCUGUGGGGGCCCUCUGUGGCCACCUGUAAGACACUGCCGAGGGAACUUUCCUCCUCUCACCAGACUGAAGCUAAGAAGUGCUGGAGACAGCAGUAGCUUUAGCCACAGGCUGUGUAGACCACUUGAGGAUGAUCUGGGAGUCUGUUUUGUGCACCUUGGAACCCAUCGGAUCCCUCCAAUGGAGCUAUAUAAGGCGGCGUGAGGCAGGCAAGGGGGGCAGCGCAGCCGAGCGGAGCCCAGGAGAGCAGAGAACGAGCCUGAGCGAGAGAAGGGGAAGCACGGAGGAGGAAGCCGCCGCCGGUGCGUCGGGACGGGAGCGCAGGUGCUCGGGCGCCCGAGCUGGAGCUCCGCAGCCGCCGGUCAUGUACCGCUCCACCAAGGGCGCCUCCAAGGCGCGCCGGGACCAGAUCAACGCCGAGAUCCGGAACCUCAAGGAGCUGCUGCCGCUGGCCGAAGCGGACAAGGUCCGGCUGUCCUACCUGCACAUCAUGAGCCUCGCCUGCAUCUACACUCGCAAGGGUGUCUUCUUCGCUGGAGGCACUCCUCUGGCGGGCCCCACGGGGCUUCUCUCAGCUCAAGAACUUGAGGACAUCGUAGCGGCCCUACCCGGCUUUCUGCUUGUGUUCACAGCCGAGGGGAAAUUGCUCUACCUGUCUGAGAGUGUGAGCGAGCAUCUGGGCCACUCCAUGGUGGACCUGGUUGCCCAGGGUGACAGCAUCUACGACAUCAUUGACCCAGCUGACCACCUCACUGUGCGCCAGCAACUCACCCUGCCCUCUGCCCUGGACACUGAUCGCCUCUUCCGCUGCCGCUUCAACACCUCCAAGUCUCUCAGGCGCCAGAGUGCAGGCAACAAACUGGUGCUUAUUCGAGGCCGAUUCCAUGCUCACCCACCUGGGGCCUACUGGGCAGGAAACCCCGUGUUCACAGCUUUCUGUGCCCCGUUGGAGCCAAGACCCCGCCCUGGCCCUGGCCCUGGCCCUGGCCCUGCCUCACUCUUCCUGGCCAUGUUCCAGAGUCGUCAUGCUAAAGACCUGGCCCUACUGGACAUCUCUGAGAGUGUCCUAAUCUACCUGGGCUUUGAGCGCAGUGAACUGCUUUGUAAAUCAUGGUAUGGACUGCUGCACCCCGAGGACCUGGCCCACGCUUCUGCUCAACACUACCGCCUGUUGGCUGAGAGUGGAGAUAUUCAGGCAGAGAUGGUGGUGAGGUUACAGGCCAAGACUGGAGGCUGGGCAUGGAUUUACUGCCUAUUAUACUCAGAAGGUCCAGAGGGCCCCAUUACUGCCAAUAACUACCCAAUCAGUGACAUGGAAGCCUGGAGCCUCCGCCAGCAGUUGAACUCUGAAGAUACCCAGGCAGCUUAUGUCCUGGGCGCUCCAACCAUGCUGCCCUCAUUCCCUGAAAACAUUCUUUCCCAGGAACAGUGCCCCAGCACUAACCCACUCUUCACCACAGCCCUGGGGGCUCCCAGAAGCACCAGCUUCCCCAGUGCUCCUGAACUGAGUGUUGUCUCUGCAUCAGAAGAGCUUCCCCGACCCUCCAAAGAACUGGACUUCAGUUACCUGACAUUCCCUUCUGGGCCUGAGCCUUCUCUCCAAGCAGAACUGAGCAAGGAUCUUGUGUGCACUCCACCGUACACGCCCCAUCAGCCAGGAGGCUGUGCCUUCCUCUUCAGCCUCCAUGAGCCCUUCCAGACCCACUUGCCCACCCCAUCCAGCACUCUUCAAGAACAGCUGACUCCAAGCACAGCGACCUUCUCUGAUCAGUUGACGCCCAGCAGUGCAACCUUCCCAGAUCCACUAACUAGCCCACUGCAAGGCCAGUUGACUGAAACCUCAGUCAGAAGCUAUGAAGACCAGUUGACUCCCUGCACCUCCACCUUCCCAGACCAGCUGCUUCCCAGCACAGCCACCUUCCCAGAGCCUCUGGGCAGCCCUGCCCAUGAACAGCUGACUCCUCCCAGCACAGCAUUCCAAGCACACCUGGACAGCCCCAGCCAAACCUUCCCAGAGCAACUGAGUCCCAAUCCUACCAAGACUUACUUUGCCCAGGAGGGAUGCAGUUUUCUCUAUGAGAAGUUGCCCCCAAGUCCUAGCAGCCCUGGUAAUGGGGACUGCACGCUCUUGGCCCUAGCCCAGCUCCGGGGCCCCCUCUCUGUGGAUGUCCCCCUGGUGCCCGAAGGCCUGCUCACACCUGAGGCCUCUCCAGUCAAGCAGAGUUUCUUCCACUACUCUGAAAAGGAGCAGAACGAGAUAGACCGUCUCAUCCAGCAGAUUAGCCAAUUGGCUCAGGGUAUGGACAGACCCUUCUCAGCUGAGGCUGGCACUGGUGGACUAGAGCCACUUGGAGGACUGGAGCCCCUAGACUCCAACCUGUCCCUGUCAGGGGCAGGCCCCCCUGUGCUCAGCCUGGACCUGAAACCCUGGAAAUGCCAGGAGCUGGACUUCCUGGCUGACCCUGAUAACAUGUUCCUGGAAGAGACGCCCGUGGAAGACAUCUUCAUGGAUCUCUCUACCCCAGACCCCAGUGAGGAAUGGGGCUCAGGGGAUCCUGAGGCAGAGGGCCCAGGAGGGGCCCCAUCGCCUUGCAACAACCUGUCCCCAGAAGACCACAGCUUCCUGGAGGACCUGGCCACAUAUGAAACCGCCUUUGAGACAGGUGUCUCAGCAUUCCCCUAUGAUGGGUUUACUGAUGAGUUGCAUCAACUCCAGAGCCAAGUUCAAGACAGCUUCCAUGAAGAUGGAAGUGGAGGGGAACCAACGUUUUGAAUAAGUCUGUGACUUAACGUCGUCAAGUAUGGCAUAUUGUCAUCAAGACGUGGAGCCGCUCUCCACCCCCCCGGGACUGU